CGAAGUCGAAGAGUUGACAUUCGAUGACGAAGAGUAUUUGGAUUUGGGUGUACAGGAAGGGGCGGACGACGAAGCAAAUCUUGCGAAGUCACCAAGCCACGCUCCUGCGAAACGACAUCGUGAACCAGAGGACGACUUUGAGUUGACCGAGACCCCUACCCCGGACGCGAAACGUUCCCGGUCAUCGUGAUUUCCAUCCUCCUACCCAUCAUCCACCCACCAACUACAUCUGUUUUCACACCUUCAGACGUUUCCUCUGUCAUGACCAUUCCAUGGGCUUUAUGAAGGCCAUAUCUAACCAAUCCAGCAUUCUUGGACAGCUGGCCGUGAGUUUCACUCAGUGGGGCAGCUUACAUAUGUGGCGAGCUACUAAUGAUUUCAACCACGGAGCGUGUCGGCCAGUUGAACUCCGGAAUUUCGCAGAUAUUGUCAAGCUAGACAGGUACGUGUUACUUCGAUCCAUUCCCCCAUUACGUCCUCAUUACCGGAUGGGUAUACUGCCCUCGUAUACCACAGCCUUGGGCACUCGGCAUGCGGGGUGUAAAUUACUAGGUUUGUACUUGAUACUUCCCAUGGCUCCGAUUCCUUUCUCCCCUGUGCUUUUUGUUUCGCUCUGGUCAGCGAUACCACCAAUGAUGGUUCUUGUGGCGUCUUUCUGCUGUAUUCGAUCGAGGCGUUAUUGUGUUAUAUCCCAGGUAGCUUCCACGGAGGCGUGAUAUGGUGAUUUGAUUUGCCUUGCGUCUUAUCUCCUUGGGUGUUGCAAAAUGACAAUUUCUCUAUGAUCUCAUCUUUAUGAUUUCGGUGCUUCUCAGAACUAUCAGUUCCAGGAAGUUGAUACCAGUCUGGAGAUUGCCGGGGAAGCACAUGAGCCCUAAUAUCGU